AUGACUUGGAAGGGGAUGUCGACGAAAGUGGGUUUCAUGAGAAGAGUCAUGGCAGAGUUCAUCACCUUAUAUGAAUCGGACAUCUUGCAAGUCAUUGAGUACGACUCAGCGAUCACCAUAGGUCGCAUAGUUCUUCGACACCAUAUCCGUUACGGAGCUUCUCUUCUGACAUCUUCCACCACAAAAUCCGACAGCCCGCCGCCGACCUCAUAUGUUUGCUGUCCAAGUGGCAUUUACAGCGGAAAAGAUCGCGCGAGCUCACAAAUUACCGGUGCAUUAGAUUGCACCGCUUCGUAUUUAGCGCGCGCCAGGAUUAUCGAGGCACCUAAAUGGCCGUUGAUCAUCAUCAUCAGCGGUUAUGAAUGUCCCCCGGAUGAAUUGGGCAAUGGGUUGACGAUCGCCGGGCCGGGGUACUUUGAGGGUUAUUUCCAGCAUGACAACCCAGGACGCCUCAUCGCCGACCUAUUUUCGACCGCAGAUGAAGGUCAUCGGCUGGCCGUAAGACAAGGGCACGUAGGACCGACUCGGUUGUUCACGCUGGGUAGCGAAGAACGUGAGGGUGCCAUGCAUUUAUGA